AUGCCCGCGCUUACCAACCUCACCACGCGGCGCGCUCUCCCCGCCGUCGAUUCCCCGCGCCGCCAGCUCUCCUCCACGGCGCGGCACUGGCACCACUACUCGCGCUACCCCCCCACCGCACUGAGCCGCGCUCUCGAAUCGCUGCGAUGGGCCGUUGGCGUCUCGCCCGUGCAGUCUCCUCUGCAGUGGCUGUGGCGAAAGGCCGGAGCGCUCGUUAAGCAGCCCAGCAGGCAGGCGGAGCAGCGGGGAUGUGAGGCGGAGCUGGCGGGGCUGCGGCAGUGGUACCACCGCGUGCAUGGCGCAGGCAGGAGGCUGAUGGCGUACGAGUCGUGGCGGCACAAGCUCAAGGACCAGAUGGCCCGCCUGCACUCCAUGCAAGCCAGUGUGGACGAGAAGCGGAAGGAGCUGCGGAGGGUGAACAGUGAGAAGAUGCAGUUGGACAAGCGCAUAGACGAGAGCGACAUCGACUGGGAGGCCCGCCUGCUGCCCAAAUCCGUGAUGGACAAGGCGCGUGAGGUGGUGGCGUCGUGUCAUGGCGAUGGCAUGGUGGUGUCCUCGCCCGUGCCCACAUGGAAGGCAUAUGCAUGCGACGCCACGGAGGACGAGCUAUUGAGCUACCUGGACUACGAGCCCCGCCGCAUGUGUCCGGACGACUGGUUUGACUCGCAGGACCUGCUCUUCACAAAGAACUGCUUUGCUCUCCCCGUGAGGCGCUGCCUCACCCGCACGCCGCAGAAACUUGUGGAGCCCAUGCCAUUCCCGGACUCUCUCUUCAGCCAGAGUGCUCUCAAGGACGGUGCAGUGCGGUGGGCGCUGCACCACUGCAAGUCCUUCGCCUGCCUGAACGCGCGCCUCAUCGGGGACUGUCGCCUGUGCUUCAACAUGAGCAUUGAGCGCAACCGCUGGCACCGCCACUUCCGAGGAUCGCUGUCAAUUGAGGAGGUGGUGAAUAUGAUGAAGGGGUCGCUCAGGAUCGGGCUGGACGCGGGGGGCGGCACGGGCAGCUUUGCAGCGCACAUGGCGCGGUACAACGUGACAGUGCUGACCACGGCCAUGAACAUUGAGACCGUCACGGGGCGCCGCCAGGGCCUGCCGUACAUGGAGACCAUUGCUCUGCGUGGCCUCAUUCCCCUGCACGUGCCGCACAAGCAACGGCUACCCCUGAUGGACAACACAUUGGACCUGGUGCACUGUGUGAACAGCAUCAAGUACCUGCCCAUGCAGGAGUUUGAGGAGCUGCUAUUCGACUGGGACCGCGUGCUCAGAGUUGGCGGGGUGCUAUGGUUUGAGAUGUUCUACGCACCUUUAGACGAGAUGCCAGUAUACGUCGCUCUGAUCAGUGCGCUGGGCUACAAGCGCCUCUACUUCCACGUGCUGCCCAAGCCAGACGUGGGGGAACACCUCGGCGCACACAUGUACCUCAACUGCCUGCUUGAGAAGCCCGUGCGCCUCGACCCUCCGAAGAGGACGGGCUGGCUGUUCUAG